AUGUCAACCAAAAGCACCCAGUCAGGAUGGGGCGACUUUCUAGCUGCUAGAAACGCCGGACUACCAAGUCUGCCAGCGGUUACGCAGCUCAGCCCAGAUGUUGUGCGAAUUCUGGGUGGGAACCCGGGUGACAUGCAACUACAAGGAACCAACACAUAUCUGGUUGGAACCGGCCAAAGCAGAAUCUUAGUAGACACGGGUGAAGGCUGUCCGAUCUGGCUCAAAACACUAGUCGAAUACCUCGACAAAAACCAGCUGAGCAUAUCUCACGUUCUUUUGACGCACUGGCACCCUGAUCAUGUUGGCGGGGUUCCGGGAUUACUCGCUCAGUACCCUGGUCUUACUACGGCUGUCUACAAGGCAGACCCAGAUCGGGGCCAGAACCCGAUCAAAGAUGGCCAGACAUUCGUGACUGAAGGAGCCACAUUACAAGCUUUGUUCACGCCUGGGCAUAGCAGAGACCACAUGUGCUUUGUCAUGAAGGAGACCAGAGCCAUGUUCACAGGUGAUAAUGUCCUUGGGCAUGGAACCAGUGUCGCCCUAGAAGAUUUAAAAUCAUAUAUGGAAAGUCUACGGAUUAUGACGCACGAUAUGCGCGUCGGAGGCCUUAGAAUUGGAUAUCCCGGGCACGGCGCUAAGAUUGAAGAUCUAUCGGCAAGCCUUAUGGCAUACACCCGGCACUGGGAGAUGAGGGAAAAGAGGGUUCUCUCUGCAUUUUCCGAGGGUAAUGGUAUGGCCAUGUUAACGACGAAAGAAGUCACGGCCAAGAUUUACGGGGAGGGGAUGGACCUUCUGGCCGGGCCAUCAGUAACGCAUGUUCUACUGAAAUUACACCAGGAGGAAACUAUUGAGUUCACGGUGGUUGGACAAGAGAAAAAAUGGUAUAUGUAA